CAGAGCAACAAACAAAGCAACCACUAAAUUUAUGCAGCUUUAGAUCAAUCUCUCUCUUGUGUGUCUCUUCCAUGGUACACAACCUUCUCAAGUGUUCUCUCUCUGCUCUUGUCCACUUCAGUGAAUGGUAGAUUUGAGGUAAAGAGGUUCCACAUUGGUCAGGUCUUACUUACGAAGGAGGUUACAAAAAAGUCAAAUGAGUGACGGUCCAUCUAAUUAAAAAGUCCUGCUCUCACAAUGGGGAAGUCACCAGGAAAAUGGAUCAAAACUGUACUGUUUGGGAAAAAGUCAUCCAAAUCAAAUAUUUCGAAAGCAAGAGAGAAGCUUGUUAAUCAAAAAGAAGGAUUAGUUACUUCCAAGGUGUCAGAAACUGGUUUGGCUUUAGAGCCAACCUCCAACACUAUUACCAGACAUGAGGAAGACCUAGAGCUGGAGAAUAAAGAAGCAGAAAAUGUUUUAGCUGGAAAUCAACAAACAGACACAGUGGGAUCUGUUCAUCAAGAUGCACCGCUUGAUCUGGAGAAAAUGAAGCAGGAGGAAGCAGCAACAAAGGCACAGGCUGCUUUCAGGGGUUAUUUGGCUCGGAGGGCAUUUUGGGCUCUAAAAGGCAUAAUAAGGUUGCAAGCACUUAUUCGUGGGCACUUGGUUAGGAGACAAGCUACUGCUACAUUAUGCUGUAUGUAUGGAAUUGUCAAGUUACAAGCACUUGUUCGCGGAGGAAGAGUUCGACAGUCUGAUGUUGGAUUUCAAAUCCAUGAAAAGUGCAAUCUAAUGAAGCCUCUGGAUGGCAAACUUGUCAAGCCAAUUACUAUAUCCUCAAGAAUUACGAAGUUGUCAGCAAAUUCUUUCAUCCGUAAGCUUCUUGCUUCGUCAACUACAAUAAUGGCCCUGCGUUUGCAUUAUGUUCCUGGUGAUCCAAAUUCAGUCCUAAGUUGGCUGGAGCGCUGGUCAGCAUCUCACUUUUGGAAACCGGUUCCCCAACCCAAGAAAAUUCGGGAAACCAAGUCUCAGAGAAAGCAGGGUAAUGUUUCAAUUGGAGAUGCUCAAGUGAGCAAGUCAAAACGGACCAACCGGAAGCUUCCUACUGCAAAUUUUGAUACUGUCCCAGCACAACUGAAUCCUGAAUUUGAGAAACCAAAACGAAAUGUAAGGAAAAUACCAAGCCAACCGUCAGAUCCUGUGCUGGAAAAUCCACAAAAUGAGCUUGAAAAGGUUAAACGUAACUUGAGAAAGGUUCAUAACCCAGUUGUUGAGAAUACUGUUCUGCCUGAAGUUGAAUCUGAGACCCCAAAGCAGCAUUUGGAAAAGGCAACAGUUACCUCAGGUCUUGGUGUUUCAGAACAAGUGGUCAUUAGUUCUGACGAGAAGAUCAAGAAGGAAGCAACAUCAAACAUUUCCAGUGUGCCGGAUGUGGAAAUUACUCCUACACGUUCAGUUAGCAAGGAAUUGUCAGACACUCCAAGCAGUCAUCAAGUGACUGUGGAAUCAAAACCCUUGACUGAGAUUACAAGUAAAGAUACAAACAUUUCUGAUGAUGAAGUAAAAAAUGAGCCCAAAGAUUUACCAGAGAUUAUUUAUAAAGAUGAAAAUUCUCACUUAACAAAUGGAGAUUUGAGUCCCAAGGAAGAUCCAACAGGCAGUGAAAACCAGAAACCAACCCGAAAAGCCUCAAUUGUAUCAAAGCAGGAACGUGCAGAGAAUGGUUUACAGAAUAGUCCAAUUAUACCGAGUUAUAUGGCAGCAACUGAAUCUGCAAAGGCAAAGUUGAGGGCGCAAGGAUCCCCAAGAUUUGGACAAGAGGGCAGUGAGAGAAACAACCUUGGUCGGCGACAUUCUCUGCCAUCUUCAACAAACAGCAAAAUUAGUUCGCAUUCACCUAGGACACAGAGACCAGUUCAAUCAGGUGGCAAAGGGGGCAACAGAAGUGACAGAACUGUAUCAUCUUCUAGAGAUGGGAAUGGAAAGGUAAUUCAAGCAGAGUGGAGGAGGUGAUUUGAGGUUUUCAAGAGUUGAACAUGAGGAGGUUGAAACUCGUCAGGGUAUAUGUAUCUUUGAUGAAAAUUGUUAAAUUGAUAUAGGUGUGCUUGAUCAGUCUUUCUUUUUUUUUUUGCUGCGUUUUGGGCGUUUGAUGGUGAUUUGUACAUUAUAGGUUUUUAGUUUUGCAUGAUGCUACUGUACCCAAAUUUAUGUUUUGUUUGUUUUCGACAUGAAAUCUGGGCUGUCCAUAUUAUGUUUGUUUUUUUAUCAUUAACAAGUACUUCCGCA